UUCAAUGACAACAGCUGGCACGACAUCAAAGUGACACGCAACCUGAGACAGCAAUCAGGCAUUGGACACGCUAUGGUCACAAUCUCUGUCGACGGGAUCCUCACCACCACUGGCUACACCCAGGAAGACUACACCAUGCUGGGAUCUGAUGAUUUUUUCUACGUGGGCGGGAGCCCCAGCACUGCAGACCUGCCUGGAUCUCCAGUUAGCAACAAUUUCAUGGGCUGUCUGAAAGAGGUGGUGUACAAGAACAACGAUAUCCGCCUGGAGCUCUCCCGCCUUGCCCGCAUUGUCGACCCCAAGAUGAAGCUCCAGGGUGACGUGGUCUUCAAGUGCGAAAACGUUCCCACCCUCGACCCCAUCAACUUUGAGACCCCGGAGUCCUACCUGGCCUUGCCAAAAUGGAACACCAAGCGCGUGGGCUCCAUCUCCUUUGACUUCCGCACCUCUGAACCCAACGGGCUGAUCCUCUUCACCCACGGUAAGCCUCAGGACAGGAGGGACGCGAAGGGCCAGAAGAACAACAAGGUGGACUUCUUUGCAGUGGAGUUGCUCGAUGGAGGGCUCUACUUGCUGCUAGACAUGGGCUCCGGGACUAUCAAGGUCAAAGCAACGCAGGCUAAGGUCAACGAUGGCUCCUGGCAUCAUGUGGAUAUCCAGAGAGAUGGUCGCUCAGGCAUCAUUUCAGUAAACAGCCGUCGGACCCCUUUCACAGCCAGCGGGGAAAAUGAGAUCCUGGACCUGGAGGGGGACCUUUAUCUGGGCGGUCUGCCCGACAGCCGAAUGGGCUUGGUGCUCCCGACUGAGCUCUGGACAGCUAUGCUCAACUACGGCUAUGUGGGCUGUGUUCGGGAUCUGUUCAUCGACGGCCGCAGCAAGGACAUCCGGCAGAUAGCUCAGUCGCAGAACAUGACCGGCAUCAAGUCUUCGUGCAGUAAGGUGACGGGGAAACAGUGCGACAGCAACCCCUGCAAGAACAACGGGGUCUGUAAGGAGGGCUGGAACCGCUUCAUUUGUGACUGUACCGGGACCGGCUUUUGGGAUAGUACCUGCGAGAGAGAGGCGUCAAUAUUGUCUUAUGACGGGAGCAUGUACAUGAAGGUGGUGAUACCUAACAUCAUCCACACCGAGGCUGAAGACGUCUCCCUCCGCUUCAUGUCCCAGCGAGCGUUCGGCCUGCUCAUGGCUGCCACGUCUCGUGAUUCUGCGGACACGCUGCGGCUCGAGUUGGACAGCGGAAGGGUCAAGCUGACGGUCAACCUAGACUGUGUCAGGAUAAACUGUAACACCAGCAAAGGCCCUGAGGUUCUUUAUGCUGGACAAAAGCUCAACGACAAUGAGUGGCACUCAGUGCGAGUGGUCCGCCGCGGUAAAAACUUCAAACUCACUGUGGAUGACGACAUGGCGGAAGGUCAGAUGGCGGGUGAUCACACUCGUCUCGAGUUCAACAACGUGGAGACGGGGAUCUUGACUGAGAGACGCUUUGUUUCAUCUGCUCCUUCACCAUUUAUUGGUCAUCUGCAGAGCCUAAAGUUCAACGGUAUGCAGUACAUCGAUAUGUGCAAGAAUGGCGACAUCGACUUCUGCGAGCUCAACGCUCGCUUCGGCAUGCGUUUCAUCAUCGCCGACCCCGUGACCUUCAAGACUAAGGGCAGCUACCUGGGCUUGGCCACUCUUCAGGCGUAUACCACAAUGCACCUCUUCUUUCAGUUCAAAACCACCUCACCUGACGGUUUCAUCAUCUUCAACAGCGGAGACGGGAACGACUUUAUCGCCGUGGAGCUGGUGAAAGGAUUUAUUCACUAUGUCUUUGACCUGGGAAAUGGGCCCAGUCUGCUGAAAGGAAACAGUGACAACCCACUGAAUGAUAACCAGUGGCACAAUGUGGUCAUUACCCGAGACGCUUCCAACACACACACGCUCAAGGUGGACGCAAAGUCAGUCACUCAGAAUGUCAACGGAGCCAAGAAUCUGGACCUCAAAGGCGACCUGUUCAUUGGAGGUUUGGGACCUAACAUGUAUCAGAAUCUCCCCAAGCUGGUGGUUUCUCGGGAGGGCUUCCAGGGCUGCCUGGCCUCGGUUGACCUGAACGGCCGUCUGCCAGACCUCAUCAACGACGCCCUUUUCCGCAGCGGGCAGAUCGAGCGCGGCUGUGAAGGGCCCAGCACCACCUGCCAGGAGGAUUCAUGCGCCAACAUGGGCGUGUGCAUCCAGCAUUGGGAGAACUUCACCUGUGACUGCUCUUUGACGUCCUACUCGGGGACCUACUGCAACGACCCCGGCACGACCUACAUCUUUGGCAAAGGAGGGGGUCUGAUCACAUACACGUGGCCCAAUAACGAGAGGCCGAGCACCCGGACGGACCGGCUAGCCGUGGGCUUCAGCACGACCAUAAAAGAUGGCAUCCUGGUCCGCAUCGACAGCGCCCCACGUCUGGGUGACUACAUCAUGCUCCACAUUGAACAAGGCAAAAUAGGUGUGACGUUCAACAUCGGAACGGUGGACAUCAGCGUCAAGGAGGUAAACACGCUGAUAAACGAUGGCAAAUACCAUUUGGUCCGAUUCACCAGGAACGGGGGCAAUGCAACCUUGCAGGUGGACAACUGGCCGGUCAAUGAGCACUUUCCCACAGGCCGGCAGUUGACGAUCUUCAACACCCAGGCCACUAUCUCUAUCGGUGGAAACGACCGGAAGCGGCCCUACCAGGGCCAGCUCUCCGGCCUCUACUACAAUGGCCUCAAAGUCCUCAACAUGGCCGCCGAGGGCCACGUUAACAUCAAGGUGAACGGCAGCGUGCGGCUGGUGGGCGACGUCCCCACUAGCCGGGGCGCGGCGCGCACCACCACCUCGGUACCGCCAGAGAUGUCCACCACCUUUAUAGAGACUACCACCACCUUGUCUACCACAACCACCCGCAAACAGCGCUCACCACCCACUAUCCAGACGACAGAUGACAUUGUUUCAUCGGCAGAGUGCUCCAGCGACGACGAGGACCUGGAAGAGUGCGACUCCGGACAUGCAGGAGGGGAGCUAGUUAUCCCCGUGCUAGUCGAGGACCCCAUAGACAUCCCUUCUGUAUCCACCCGUUCUCCCUUCAUCCCCCUCCCCCCAACCCUCCGCCCUGUCCUCACCAUUAUUGAGACCACCAAAGAAUCCUUGGCCAUGGCCACUGAGGCGGGGGUACCUUGCUUGUCGGACCGAGGCAGCGAUGAUUGUGAUGAUGGUGAUGGUGGUGAUGAUGGUGAUGAUGAUGAUGAUGAUGGCAUGGUGAUUUCGGGGUUUGGCUCUGGCGAAGCUUUCGACUCUAGCCUGCCCCCGACUGACGAUGAAGAUUUUUACACCACCUUCUCCCUGGUAACAGAUAAGAUCUUGACCACAUCGGCCUAUGAAGGCAGCUACAAAGCCCUCGCGCCCAAGUGGGAGGCCAAGGACUUGAGGCCUAGCAAAGCCUCUGAGGCAGGUAGGACUGCACCCACCUCGCCUCUGCCCGACCUCCGGGGCACGCCGCCGGCGGCGGUCCCCUCGGACACGCCACCCAAGCUGCCUGCCGGGAAAAUGAACAACCGCGAGGUAAAACCCCCGCAGCCGGACAUGGUCCUGGUGUCACUGCCCACGUCCUUCGAUCUGGACGGCACCAAGCCACGAGGCCCCUUCAUCACCUCGCCCAUGCUGCGCACGGUGCCCGCCGCCCUGCCCACGGUGCCCGGCGUGCAGCGGGUGCCCCCGGGGGCCUCGGAGGUGGUCCGGGAAUCCAGCAGUACCACGGGCAUGGUGGUGGGCAUUGUCUCAGCCGCCGCCCUCUGCAUCCUCAUUCUCCUCUACGCCAUGUACAAGUACAGGAACAGGGAGGAGGGUUCCUACCAGGUGGACGAAACACGCAACUACAUCAGCAACUCUGCGCAAACCAACGGCGCUGUGGUGAAGGAUAAAGCACCCAGCGGCAGCGCCAAAGGCAGCGCCAGUAGCAAGAGACCGAAAGACAAGGACAAGGAAUAUUAUGUAUAGAAAUCCAGUCAUUUCCCGACCCAUAAAUCUACAAACUGUUUGGAACAAAGUUAAGAACAUUUUGACAGUACCAUAUUGGCAACUGUGAUUUAAAAAGAAUCAAAUCUCUUUAGAACUCGAGACUUACUGAGAAACAUUUACAAAAAAGAACUUUGGCUUAUGGAAGCACACUUACUAUUGUAAGCAUUACAGAGAGACAAUGCAGUAACAGCUGCACCGGGACUCAGCGUGGACACUUUUAAGGAGUCCCUGCUGGAGACAUCCUGCAGUGUGAAUAACAUCACUUUAACACCCACACGACCCCAAGUGACUGUCUAAGAGGUGUGUGAUCCUUGGAGUUCUGACGACCUUGUCCAUUGUAACCCUGUAAAAUACGAUCACUGUCAUUUCGGCCAUUCUGAGCAUGCAUGUGAGGUGUAUGUGACGUGGUGCUGGCAUCUUGUGUAAGUGAGGGACCUCAAGAAACAAUGAUUGUUGGGGAAAGUUGGAAGUCAAACCCUGAUUUUGCGUUACAAAGCGGUUUCAUUAAAUGUAGCUUUCAUGGAUGCGACGUGAGGUAACGUAUACGUGUUUCUUGUUUUUCUUUUAUUAUUUUUUAUUUAUUCAAUCAAUCAGUAGUUUAUUUAUUUAUAUAUUGAAUUUCACUUUUUUUGUUUUCUUUAGUUUGUUUUUCUAAGGAUGAUGGCCAGUCAGGGUUGACUAGGCAGAGCUCAGCAGGAUGUAAUACAGUAAUGUAUUUCAAUAUUUUUCUCCCCCCGCCCUCACGUCUCAGUUAAGGAUUGGACUGCUAUGCAGGGCAUCCGAAUUCUAGACGGCAUUCAAGCGUGCAAGAGUGGAUCCACCAGGCAAACUGUACAAUGUUGUUUCUCAGAGUUUCAAAUGUCUGAUAGCAUUUGUCUUCUUUUCCCUUUUCAUUUGGUUUCUUUUUAUUGUUUCGGUCGUUCCUCUGUUUCCUUUUACCGAUAUGACGCCGUGGCAAAAAUGCAUUACCAUAAAAUGUGUCUGAUGAAGAUGUAAUUGUCACAAUCUUAACGAAGAAAAAGCAAACAAACACAGGCUGACGAUUUACUCCGGUGUGAUUCUAUCUGUUCAGACGACUGUGUCAAAAACAUGUUUACAUAUUUUAUUACAUCUAGCCGUCGUGCUUUGCAGGUCAAAUGUUGUACAGAAGAUUCCAGUUCCUGUUGAGUUAUUUUUUAUCCUCUUCUUGUAUAGUUGGACCGUUUGAUUUGAUUUUUCUGCUGUAGCAACAUGACUGGAAAAAGGAAAAUGGCAAAAAAAAAAGGAAACAUUUUUAUUCUUUUGCCUGGAGAUGAGAAAGUGAUGUGCACAGGAACAUUUGUUUAGGCAGGGAACAAAUGCUGUUAGACGACAAGUCUGGUCUCCCUGGAUGGUGUUUCUCUUCAGUCGCAUGAAUAUUUGACCACCGGAAGCCGUCAGUCGGAUAGAAGACGCCUCCCUCAGAUCUUAGGGACUCCUCCUUAUUCUGAAGUUGCUUUCAUCAUGUCAUUUAUUUAUUUUUUUAUUGGAAAUUCAAAAAAAAUGAAACGAGAAUAAAGACAGAUUAUGAUGGA